AUGAAGCUGGGGACUCGCCGAGCCGGCCAGCCUGGCCCCCUGGAUGGCAGCCGCGGGCAGCUGGGCCCCCCCAGACCCCCUCAGCAGAACGGCGCCGUGCCUGGGGAGCGGGGCAAGCAGGACAAGAGCAUCAAGCGUGGCAACUGGGGCAACCAGAUCGAGUUCGUGCUGACCAGCGUGGGCUACGCCGUGGGGCUGGGCAACGUCUGGCGCUUCCCGUACCUCUGCUACCGCAAUGGGGGAGGUGCCUUCAUGUUCCCCUACUUCAUCAUGCUGGUGUUUUGUGGCAUCCCCCUCUUCUUCAUGGAGCUCUCCUUCGGGCAGUUCGCCAGCCAGGGCUGCCUCGGCGUCUGGAGGGUCAGCCCCAUAUUCAAAGGCGUGGGCUACGGGAUGAUGGUGGUGUCCACAUACAUCGGGAUCUACUACAACGUGGUGAUCUGUAUUGCCUUCUACUACUUCUUUGUGUCCAUGACGCGUGUGCUGCCCUGGACAUACUGCAGCAACCCCUGGAACACGCCCGACUGCGCGGGGGUGCUGGAUGGGAACGUCUCCAGCCGCGCUGCCCUCAACCUCACCCACCUCCUCAACGCCACCCAGAAGCGCACCAGCCCCAGCGAGGAGUACUGGAGGAGGUACGUGCUGGACCUAUCAGACGACAUCGGGAACCUGGGCGAGGUGCGGCUGCCCCUCCUGGGCUGCCUCGGCGUCUCCUGGGUCGUCGUCUUCCUCUGCCUCAUCAAGGGCGUCAAGUCCUCGGGGAAGGUGGUGUACUUCACGGCCACCUUCCCCUACGUGGUGCUCACCAUCCUCUUCGUGCGUGGCAUCACGCUGGAGGGGGCCCUCACUGGCAUCAUGUACUACCUGACGCCCCAGUGGGACAAGAUCCUCAACGCCAAGGUGUGGGGUGAUGCGGCCUCACAGAUCUUCUACUCGCUGGGCUGUGCCUGGGGCGGGCUCAUCACCAUGGCCUCCUACAACAAGUUCCACAACAACUGCUACCGGGACAGCAUCAUCAUCAGCAUCACCAACUGCGCCACCAGUGUCUACGCUGGCUUCGUUAUCUUCUCCAUCCUGGGCUUCAUGGCCAACCACUUGGGGGUGGACAUCUCCAAGGUGGCGGACCACGGCCCUGGCCUGGCCUUCGUUGCCUACCCUGAGGCCCUCACCCUCCUUCCCAUCUCGCCUCUCUGGUCCAUACUCUUCUUCUUCAUGCUUAUCCUCCUGGGGCUGGGCACACAGUUCUGCUUGCUGGAAACCCUGGUCACGGCUAUUGUGGAUGAGGUGGGCAACGAGUGGAUCAUCCGCAGGAAGACCUUUGUGACACUAGGGGUGGCCGUGGUGGGCUUCCUGCUGGGCGUCCCGCUCACCACGCAGGCGGGCAUCUACUGGCUCCUGCUGAUGGACAACUACGCCGCCAGCUUCUCCCUGGUCAUCAUCUCCUGCAUCAUGUGCGUGGCCAUCAUGUACAUCUACGGGCACCGCAACUACUUCAAGGACAGUGAGAGGAUGCUGGGCUUCCCACCCCCACUCUUCUUCCAGAUCUGCUGGCGCUUCAUCUCACCCGCCAUCAUCUUUUUCAUCCUGGUCUUCACAGUGAUCCAGUACCGGCCCAUUUCCUACAACGACUACGUCUACCCUACCUGGGCCAUCAGCAUCGGCUUCCUCAUGGCGCUCUCCUCUGUCAUCUGCAUCCCCAUCUACGCCAUCUACAAAGUGUGCCGCUCCGAGGGGGACACGCUGCUGGAGCGCUUGAAAAAUGCUACCAAGGCAAGCAAGGACUGGGGUCCAGCGCUGGCAGAGCACCGCAGUGGGCGCUACGCCCCGGCGUUCAGCCCCUCCACCGAGUCUCACCUGGAGGUGCAGCCUCUGCCGACGGAAGCUGAGACAGGGCCCGGCUCUAAGCACCAGACUAAAGCAGAGGAAGACAGCGAGCCACGUCGUCGUGCCCAGCAGCGCGGGCAGUGCCUGGCUGGGGCGGCAACCUGGUCCUGA